AUGGCAGAGGCCGCAAGCGAGGGAGCGACGCCUCCCCACCAUGGCCUCCCGGAUGAGAUCUUCAUCUGGGAGAUCCUCGUCCGCCUGCCCCCCAAAUCCCUCCUCCGCUGCCGCGCCGUGUGCCGCGCCUGGCGCAGCGCCACCUCCGCCCGCGGCUUCCUCCUCGCCCACCACGCCCGCCAACCCACCCUCCCCCUUGUCUACGUCCGCAACAGAGACUUCAACGACGGCGUGUUCCCCUACGGACACGACGGCAACAACGCCUCCCUAGACAUCAUCCCCGUCGACCACCGGGCCGCCGCCGACCAUCUCAGGUCCGUCGCGCGACUUGAUCAAGCCUCCGACUUCUAUCGUCUCGAGGGCUCCUGUGACGGCCUCCUUGUCCUCUCCUUGGACGACGACACGCACUUCGUCAUCUGUAACCCGGCAACACUGAUAGCUGGGAGUAAAGAUGACUGCUACGUUUUAUCGCUGGGCUCCGGCCAGCCGCCGAGGAACAUCGGGCCGGAGCAAACGCAUAAACUGAUAUCCGACACCAGGUCUGUGCUAUUCCGUGGUAGAUUGUAUUGGUACCGGGUGCAGGAGAAGGUCAAGAACAACAUGAUAAUUGUGUUUGACAUCACAGCUGAGUCAUUCCGACAGAUGCAUGUUCCUGUUCGUGGCUGCACUGGUGAUGACCUGUUUGAGAUGGAUGGCAUGCUCGGCAUGUCCAGUUUUAGAGACACAUGGACAAUCAUUGAUAUCUGGGUGUUGCAGGACUAUGAAAGCGAGGUCUGGACCAUCAAGUGCAAGAUUGAACUGCCGCUUAUGGAGAUCAGGGCAUGGUGUAGAAAGGAUGAUGAAUUAUGCGAGCUGGUGGUUGUGCCUGGAGAUGGUGAGCUGCUCGUGCUGAUCAAAUUUGCCGAGUGGCUAUUUCAGGUUGGCAUGGAUGGCAAGUUGGUCGCCACUUUCCAUCGCAAAGGCGUCCGUCCUACUCAAUUUCAGCUCAAACAAACUCUUGUUCAGCAUGACUUCUUCCCAACACUAGAGGGUUAUGUUGUGAACAAUUUUCCUUUCAUCUGA